AGAUGUAGAUAUCGAGUAACCGGGUAUCGACAUCGAGUAGGCUAUAUUCUGAAUUGUCAUUUGGAAUCCUUCAUUUUAAUUUGUCGUUUCAACGAAAGUGGUUCCUGCUCCUCAAAAAAUUGUGCAAGAAGAAAAACAAUCAACAUGUCUCAUUUGGAAUACUAUGGGAGCAACCGCAGCUCGGGCUUACGUCGCCGUUCGCGCUCGCGUUCUCACUCGCAAUCCCGCUCCAUACCGCCUUCAGGAGCACGCAACCGCUCUAGGCGCCAGUCAAAGGACCGUCAGAUUGGAGGAUCCUCGGAACGUCCCAAGACAAGCCGCUGCAUUGGUGUCUUCGGCUUGAGUACCAAUACUUCCCAGGAGAAGGUGCGCGACCUUUUCAGCAAAUACGGCCCCAUUGAGCGCAUUCAAAUGAUUAUAGAUGCCCAGGUAAGUUCGGUUAAAAGUGCACACCCCCUAAGUUGCCAGACUCCACCA